CCUAACCUUAAAUAUUUUUUAUUUUUCGGUUUGGCCUGAUAAAGGAAAAUAUAAUAGAAAAUAGAAAGAUAAUUUUAAGUUAUAAAAUAAUCCAUCCACAUAAUCUAUCGAUGGAAUACUUAAUUUAAGGAUUCCUGGAAGUUAUCUUCGUCUUUAGAUAUAAAAAAAUGGUUGCAUAUUCUUGUAAUGAUAACAUGACUGGAGCAUCAACUUUUUUUACUGAUUAUCACGGGGUUCAGCAAUUAAAAGAAACAACCAACCAAUAUUCCCCAGCAGAAUGUGAAUAUGAUAGACUAGAAAAUGUUUUGAAAAGUACAGUGGAAGGUUUGGUAUAUUUGAAGUAUUUAAAAAAUAUUAUUAAGAAGCAAAUAUUAGUGAGAAUUCAAGAUGAUAUUCCCCUAAAUACUGUUAUUUGCAAUGUCUUAAUUCGUUUGGUUAGAGAUUACCAUCAAAAUAGGGUUCUUGAUAAACAAUUAUUUUCGGGAGUACCUCAACUUCAUUUAAAGGAAAUUGAGAAGUUACUAGAAAAAUUAGUUGAAAGAAUACCAAAUGAAUUCUAUAAAGUUAAAAAAAGUAAUUUACAAAGAUUUACUAAACAUAAGAAUAUUGAAGUGAAAAUAACAGAUCCUAUUUUUUACAUUCCAUUAAAAGAAGAAUUCCCAGAACUUGAUAAAUAUUUCGAGAAGCAACAGGACAAUUUUUCUUUGUUGUAUGUCAAACCAAAAAUUGUUGAUGCAAAAUCUAGACAUGAAGAUAAUGGAUAUUCUUUGGAAACUAUGUUUGAAUGUUACAGGCAAUCAAUAUCUGGAUAUGAUUAUAGGGAUUUUAAGACUAUUGUGCAUAAUGAGCUUAAUUCUAACAAAACUAAUGAUGAAAUUAUGGAUUAUUUUCUAGAAACUUUUGGUUAUGGUGCAAUUGACUUUUUAACUGAAUUAAUUGAACAUCGUUACAAGAAAAUUAAUUAUAAUUCACAAAUAAGUGGUAAUGAAAGUCGGACUAGUAAUAGGCAAAAUCCUGCAGAAGUAUUAGCUGGUCAGGUUAUUGUUCAAUCAGAGAAGGAAACUAUAUUAUCAAAAAAGUUAAGAAAAAUGGAGAAAAAGGAUAAGUCAAAAUAUUCAGGCACAGAGAUUAAACAAACUGAAAUUGAAUAUGAAGUAGCCAAAAGUACUCCAAUUUUCCGAAAAGCUGCACCUCAGUCACUUGACCCUGAAGAAUAUCCUCAUAUCCAUGAUCAACUAAGGAAUCAUAUGAUUACAACUAAAUAUGACGGUGUCACCAUUACUCAACCUGAGAAUGCUGUAAAAGUGGUAACUCCAGAUUAUGCCGAAUUUACUAUUCCUGGAGGAAAAAAAGGGGACGUGAAAGACUUGGAACCAAUUAAAGUUUCUUCGCUGGAUCCGACUGGGCAGCUAGUGUUUAGAGACAUCAAAGAAUUCAAUAGGAUACAAUCGGAAGUAUUUCCUGUGGCCUAUCAUUCCAAUGAAAAUAUGUUGGUGUGCGCACCCACAGGAGCUGGUAAAACGAAUAUCGCUCUUUUGAGUAUUGUACACCAAAUUAAAUGUCACAUGGAAGGAAGUGUGAUACGAAAAAAUGAUUUCAAGAUAAUUUAUGUUUGCCCAAUGAAAGCACUGGCCACAGAAAUGGUGGUGAAUUUUUCAAAAAAAUUAGCUCCAAUAGGAAUUUCCGUCAAGGAAUGUACCGGCGACAUGCAGUUAACAAAAAAAGAAAUAGCAGAAACUCAGAUGCUCGUUACUACGCCAGAAAAAUGGGAUGUUAUCACAAGGAAAGGAGCAGUGGAUACAGAAGUCGUGGGUUUAGUUAAACUUUUAAUAAUCGACGAAGUGCACUUGUUAAACGGCAGCAGAGGUCCAGUUAUAGAAGCGCUCGUCGCCAGAACUCUUAGACAAGUCGUCAGCAGUCAAAGCAUGAUAAGAAUAGUCGCGUUGUCUGCCACUUUGCCUGGUUAUUUGGACGUAGCGACGUUUCUGAAGGUUAACACGCGUUCCGGACUGUUCUUCUUCGAUAAUCGUUUCAGAUCCGUACCGUUAACGACCAGUUUUAUCGGUUGCAAGAAGAAAAACGAAAACGAAACAAUGGACAUGGUUUGCUACAAAAAAGUGGUUCAUUUUAUUAGAGAAGGACAUCAGGCUAUGGUUUUCGUAACUUCUAGAAACGCCACGGCAACCGUAGCUAAAAAGCUAAUAGAAUUAGCACAAGAAAAAGGCACAUUGCCUCUGUUCGAACCGGAAAAGUCUAUAAAAAUUAAUAGAGCUGGAUAUAAAAGCGGCGAUUUAGGGUAUUUGGUGCCUCAAGGCUUUGGAAUACACCAUGCAGGCAUGGUCAGAUCAGACAGAUUGGAAGUAGAACGACUUUUUCGUGACGGCGAAUUAAAGGUCAUUGUUUGCACUACUACGCUGGCUUGGGGAGUCAACUUACCCGCUCAUGCAGUCAUUAUAAGAGGAACUCUUCAUUACGAUGCACAAAAAUCCUCAUUCGUCGAUAUGGAUAUGUUAGACGUUCAACAGAUAUUCGGAAGAGCUGGUAGACCUCAAUAUGACACUUCCGGACAUGGUAUUAUUAUAACAUCAAUGGCAAAUAUGUCUAAAUACAUGGGACUAAUGUUAUCACAAGUUCCUAUUGAAAGUCAGUUCUUGAACUGCAUACCAGAUAAUCUAAAUGCAGAAAUUAUUUUAGGAACCGUUUCUAAUAUAAAAGAAGCAAUGGAGUGGCUAGCAAAUACAUUUUUAUUCGUGCGCAUUAAAAAAAAUCCAUUGGUUUAUGGAUUGACAUUUAACGAAAUUUGGGAUAUCAACCAAUUUAAUCAGUUCUUACAAUACCAACUAGAUACGGCAGCUAAAACGUUGGAAAGGUCUCAAAUGAUUCGAUUUGAUACGACUUUAGGUGAAUUACGACCUACAAAUUUCGGUCGAAUCGCUAGUUUUUAUUAUAUAUCUUAUAAAACCAUGGAAAUGUUUUAUGAAAAGUUUGAUAGGAAUACACCAGAAUCCGCUCUUAUACAGUUAAUCAGCGAAGCUUCGGAAUUUGCACAAAUACAGGUUAGAAUGGAUGAAAUACACGAAUUAGAUAGGUUGCGGGAUUAUAAUGAAUAUAACAUUAAUUUAGAUUUUUCGAACUCGGUGGAUAAAGUAAUUAUUUUGAUUCAAGCAAAUAUAAGUAGAGCAUUAAUUAGAGUUUCAUCUUUGGUAUCAGAUUCUCAAUUCAUUAUGCAGACUGUCACGAGAUUAGCGAGAGCCUUGUUCGAAAUCGCAAAAGACAGAGACUUUGCUCUUCAAGUAUCGCGGACUUUAGUCCUAGCCCAAAUGCUGGAGAAACAAAUUUGGCCGGAAACUCAUCCUUUGAUGCUUUUCAAAGAACUGACUCCUCAUUUGAACACGCAUCGUUCUUCGGAAAUUCUCAAUAUACCAUUAUGGGAACUCGGAGAAAUGUCGGAAAGAGAAUUGGAAUCCCUUUUUCGCAGCAAACAUAUUGGAAAUAGAGUUAAACAUUUUUGUCAGAUAUUUCCGCAGGUCGAAGUUGAAUUUAUCGUUAAACCGAUAACGGAAGGUGUUAUAAAAGUAAAAUUAUUUAUAUUUCCGAAAUUUAAAUGGGAUCAUAGCGUUCACGGGACUGUUCAGCAUUUUUAUGCUUGGAUAGAAGAUCCGCAACAUGACAGCAUUUACCAUAUGGAAUCGUUUAUUAUUACAAAAAGAAUGUGCUUGAAUGAGGAACCCAUUGAACUAGCUUUGACUGUACCUUUGACGAAACCGUUGUCCUUGGAAUAUUUCAUUCGGGUAGUAAACAGCCAAUUUUUACAUUCCGAACGAAUUGAAGUGAUAAAUCUACAAGAUUUGAAAUUAUUCACGGCCGACUCAUUCCAAACUAAAAUAUUGGACUUGCAACCUCUACCGAAAACCGUUUUACAAAAUACCUCGUUCGAAGAUCUUUAUUCUUUUACUCAUUUCAAUGCCGUACAGAGUCAGGUGUUCCACUCGUGUUAUUAUACAGACACGCCUGUGAUACUUGGAGCUCCAACCGGUUCGGGUAAAACUAUAGUUGCUGAAUUAUGUAUUCUACGAUUAUUCAAUAAUUCUCCAAAACUAAAGGUCGUAUAUAUAGCGCCGAUGAAAGCUUUGGUAAGAGAAAGGGUUCUAGAUUGGGCUAAAAAAUUUGCUAAAAUAUCUAAAAAAGUAAUCGAAGUCACCGGAGAUAUUACACCACGUUCCGAAUUUAUACGUUCCGCAAACAUCAUUAUAACCACGCCGGAAAAAUGGGAUGCGAUGAGUCGAAAUUGGACCGAAAAAGAUUUCGUAAAAGACGUCGGUUUGAUAGUUAUCGACGAAAUUCAUCUUUUAGGAGAGGACAGAGGUCCCGUUUUGGAGGUUAUCGUGUCUAGAAUGAAUUAUAUUAAUAUGAAAACCAAAAAGAGUGUUAGAAUAGUUGGAUUAUCUACUGCAAUGGCAAAUCCCGGCGAUUUGGCGUAUUGGUUGAUGGCUGAUAAGAGAGGGAUCUUUAACUUCAGUUCCGCAGUCAGACCAGUACCAUUAGAGAUUCACUUGCAAGGUUUCACAGCUAAACACUUUUGCCCUCGGAUGGCCGCUAUGAACAAACCGUGUUAUCAAGCGAUCUGUCAAUAUGCAACUGAGAGUUCAACAUUGAUAUUCGUCGCUUCGCGUAAACAGACUAGAAUUACCGGAUACGAAUUAAUGAAGUUUUUAUUGUCCGAAAAUAAUCCUCAGAAAUGGUUGCACUGUGAUGCAAAGGAAAUCGAAAGUAUCAAGCAACGGAUAAUCGAUCAAGAUUUAUCCCAACUGUUAACAUUCGGUAUAGGAAUCCAUCAUGCAGCCCUUACAGACACUGAUAGAACCAUUGUAGAGCAAUUGUUCGUUAACAGAAAGAUUCAAGUUCUUGUAGCUACCGCCACUUUAGCGUGGGGCGUAAAUCUUCCAGCUAAAUUAGUUAUAGUUAAAGGAACAGAAUAUUUUGACGGCGCCACGAAGCGCUACGUUGACAUGCCCAUUACGGAUGUCAUUCAAAUGGUAGGACGAGCAGGUCGUCCACAAUUUGAUAAUAGUGGCAUAGCUUGUGUUAUGGUUCAAGAAAACAAGAAAAACUUCUAUAGAAAAUUCCUAUUCGAACCGUUUCCGGUAGAAUCUAAUCUUUUAGAAUUUUUGCCUGAUCACGUGAACGCCGAAGUUUAUAAUGGCAACAUAACGAAUAAGGUUCAACUCAUGGACUUCAUUCAAUCUACAUUUUUCUAUAGAAGGCUAUUGAGGAAUCCUUCGUAUUAUCAGAUGAAUUCCAAUUCGACUCCUGAUCAAUAUGUUGAUGAAUUAGCGGAGUCGGUCAUAAAUACUUUACGAGAACACGAUUGUGUUGUUACAGAGAAGAAUGAAAUGAAGAUUUUCUACGAAUCCACAAUUUUAGGAAUGUUAAGUGCACAAUUUUACUUGUCUUAUAAAACUUUGCAUUUCCUUAGUGAAAAUAUGCAAGAAAAUAGUUCAAUUGAAGAAUUGUUAGAACUUAUCUGUCAAGUCGAAGAAUACAAGCUGAUGCCUGUACGGCAUAAUGAAGACAAUAUAAACAGAGAUUUGGUCAGACACAUAGGACUAAAUACCACUUUUGCCUAUGACUCGCCCUGUUUGAAGGUUUUAUUAAUGAUUAAAUACUACCUUUUGGAUUUAAAUCUACCAAACCAAGAGUACGUUUUGGAUUUAAAAAAUGUACUGGAUCAAAUUAUCAGAAUCAUUCAUUCAAUGAUGAACUUGGCUGCGCAUCGGAACUGGUUAAAUUGCACGAUCAAAUUAAUAUACUUUUGUCAAAUGUUAAUUCAAGGAUACACAAUUGACACUUCCAAUAUUUUAAUGCUUCCUUAUAUCAAUCGCGAUAAUUUAAGAUCUUUAAAAGAUAAACUUUCGAAAGUAACCUUAUCGGAUACUAAUAGUGUAUCGAUUCCUCAUUUGAGAUUAAUGUUGUCGAAUCGAGAUACAGCCAAUAAAAUAACAAACGUUUUAAACGAAAUAUUUGAUAAAAGUGCCUCUUCAGAAAUAAUAAAAACUGUAAACGAUUUACCAAUGUUAAAUAUUAAAACAACAAUCACAAAUAGUAAUAAUAAUGAAAAACUUUCAUAUACAUUAAAAGAAAAUUUUUAUAAUUUGGAUAUAAAGUCUGAUUGUCAAUGCAUUUUUGAACUGAACAUUUACAGACAGGGUUGCAGCAAGAUGAACGUCUAUAGUAAAAAGUUUAAUAAACAGAAAGAAGAGUUUUGGUUUUUGAUUUUCGUGGAAGAAGAUGAAAUGACGUUUAGAAAAUUUUCAUUUUCCAGGAAUUUUAAGAAAAUUGUUAUUCCUGUGAAAAUACCCAAAAGAAGAGGCGUCUACAUUUAUCAGUUAAUGGUUUUCAGCGACUGUUAUAUAGGUUUUGAUCAAGUUCUAACAUACAAAGCAAAAAUAGAAAACUAGAAAACGAUUGAAUAUUUGUGAUACUAAAUUAUUACAGAAUAAAUACUAUAUUAUUUAUGCAACUUAUUCAACUUUUAUAAAUGUACUAAU